AUGUUCCAGCGCACCAUCUUCAGACAAGCACAGGCCGCCCAGUCGGUCCUGACUGCCUCUACCUCCACAUCUGCGGCGCAGCUCGCACUCCGGCGGACAACACGGUUGCAGUCACAGCUUCCCACGGCCAUGAGGCCGUUCGCUCCUCAGCCCGUUCGCCGUUUCUACUCCACCGAGAACAACGGAGAGAAGAAGGAGGCUGCACAGGAGGGCGAAUCUGCUGAGAAUGCCGAGGAUCCCGUCCGCAAGGAGCUCGAGGAGAAGAAGAAGGAAGUUACUGAGCUGAAGGACAAAUAUCUCCGCUCCGUCGCCGAUUUCCGUAACCUGCAAGAGCGCACCAAGCGUGACAUGGACGCUGCUCGUAACUUUGCCAUUCAGCGUUUCGCCAAGGACUUGCUGGAGAGCAUUGACAACUUCGACCGCGCGCUGCUGGCCGUGCCCGCGGAGAAGCUUAGUGCCGAGCGCACCGAUGACAACAAGGAACUGCUCGACCUGGUCGACGGCCUCAAGAUGACCGAGCGGACCCUUAUGAACACUCUCCAGAAGCACGGUCUGGAGCGCUUCGACCCCAGCGAGCAGGUAGAGGGCAAGCCCCAGAAGUUCGACCCCAACUUGCACGAGGCCACUUUCAUGGCUCCCUUCCCCAACAUGGAGGAUGGUGAUGUGAUGCACACCCAGAGCAAGGGUUUCCGUCUGAACGGUCGUGUUGUUCGUGCUGCCAAGGUCGGCGUCGUCAAGAACGCCUAA